CACUCACUCACUGACCUCACAUGCUUUCUCUUCUCUUCAAGUCUCCUCCUCCAUCUUCUUCCACGUGAUUUUUGAGUCUUCCCGAUCACAAUCUCCUCGCUCUUUCUCUCCCUUUCCUUCGACGCCUUCCUCCCCUUUUGAGUUCGCUUCAACCAACCGGUACGUCUCACUGAUCUCACUGCCAAGUCUCGAAGAAUAUUCUUCCAUGUUCGAUCUGAUUCCGCUCCAGAGAUCGAGAAUUUGAAUUGAAUCGAAAUAGCUUAAAGUUUAGCCAGAUACGAUUGAGCAAUAGAGAGAGAGAUUUGACGCUGCGUAUACCGUUUCGGUUGACUAUGUAAAUGGCGGGAAAAUCGACUUAGAUCACGAUGAUGAAGAAGAAGGCGUCGCAGCAGAAGCUGAGGUCCAGAUGGAAGAGGAACCUAUUCGCCACGUUGAUCUUCGCUUUCUGCUUGGGGAGCUUCGUCUACUUCCAAGCUCGUUACAUCGGAAUCACCGCGUCGCUCAAGCCUCGUCUCGAUCAGAAACCUCAGAUCGCAUUCCUCUUCAUCGCGAGGAAUCGUCUCCCUCUCGAGUUCGUCUGGGAUGCCUUCUUUCUGGGUGAGGAUGGCAAGUUCUCUAUAUAUGUACACUCUAGACCUGGAUUCGUCCUCAGCGAGGCUACUACUCAAUCCAAGUACUUCUUGAAUCGUCAAGUUACUGAUAGUAUACAGGUGGAGUGGGGAGAGGCAACCAUGAUUGAAGCAGAGCGUGUGUUGCUCAGACAUGCACUUAGAGAUCCGUUUAAUCACCGUUUUGUUUUUCUUUCUGAUAGCUGCAUACCUCUGUACAGUUUCAGCUACACGUAUAACUACAUCAUGUCAACAGCAACUAGUUUCGUUGAUAGCUUUGCGGAUACAAAAGAUAAGCGUUAUAAUCCUAGAAUGAAUCCCGUAAUUCAUGUUGAUAACUGGAGAAAAGGAUCACAGUGGGUCGUUCUGAAUAGAAAACACGCAGAGAUUGUGGUGAACGAUACCAUCGUCUUGCCUAUGUUUCAGCAGCAUUGCAGGCGGAAAUCACUUCCAGAGUUUUGGCGAGAUCGUCCUGUACCAGCUGAAGGUUGGAAGGAACACAACUGUAUACCUGAUGAGCACUACGUUCAGACACUGCUAGCUCAAAAGGGUGUCGAUAGCGAACUCACAAGACGGUCAUUAACACACUCAGCUUGGGACCUUACUUCAACUAAAAGUAAUGAACGUCGUGGAUGGCAUCCUAUGACUUACAAGUUUUCCGAUGCUACUCCUCACCUCAUACAGUCUAUUAAGGGAAUCGACAAUAUCAACUAUGAGACGGAAUACAGGCGAGAAUGGUGUACUAGUAAAGGGAAACCGGCACCGUGUUUCCUCUUUGCACGGAAGUUCACUCGUCCCGCCGCUCUCCGCCUCCUCCGUGAGUCUAUCUUGUUGAAGGACAAAGAGCAAGACAGUUAAAGUAGUAGAUCCUUAACCAUUCAAAAUCAUAUAUCAUACAUAGGUACGUAAGAUUACAAAGAGUUAUUAUAUUUGUACUUGUAAUUUGUAACACUACAAAGAUGUAAUCUACAUAGAAACUUACCAUUUGGUGAAUUAAUGAAGCGACCGAGCGUUUGAUAAA